GGAGAAGGUCCAAGUAAGAUACAGCAGUGUGUUCCAGGACUUUAAGCUGUUCCUGGGCCAGAGUGCACACUCUUGAUCAGCUCUGCCCCUCAACCUCGGUUGUUGCAAGGUGCUUGUUGGCUGCUCUGUGAAUUUAAAGGAGAAUGGUGCUAGAGCCAGUGUUCAGUCCUAAGCUGACUCUCUGUGACCAGCAAGCACUUAUUUUAGUUCUUAAGGUUUCAGACCUUUCUGGUAGUAUGAUUUUUAAUAUACAUGGUGAUAGUUAUAUAAUUCUUAUCUUAAAUAAACUAUCAUUCACGCAUACUGUUUUGGGGGGGUUGGUUUUGUUUGUUUGCUUUUGUUUUUACUAUCUAGGAAGGGCUGAACUUUAUUUUUUAUGACAUGUUGACAGAUGAUUCUAGAGAAAAAUUACCUGAUCAUUUCUUGGAAGAUUACUGGGUGUGAAUGAAGUCUUGGGAAUUAUGAUUCAGAAAGAAUUAGGAAGAAUGAAUGUGUAUAGCCUGUUGUCAUUGCACCUCCUCUAGCGUCCUGGCUCUCCAGCCCUCUGUUAACUCAUCCCACCCUCAUGUCCGCCAGCAUGGCGAGCGCUCUUGGAUCUCAGUUCGGGGCAGCAUCAUAGCCCUCUAAGGCCUGUGUGUAUGUCCGAGCAUUGCCUGUCCCUGAAUUCAUCUCCAUUCGCCUUGUUUCCGUCUGGAGCAGCAGUAUUCUCUUUCUGUUCCCUGCCAUGUCCGUCCAGAGUGACAGAAAGGCAGGCUUUGUAUAGUGAAGCAGUGAUCACUUUGUGCACAGAAGCCCUGUGUAUCUUGAACCUUCUCGCAUGGGCCUUUACUUGUAGUGCAUGAAGAACGACUCACCCAUGACAGGCAAGGCAGGAGGCAGCACGCUGUGGCCCUAAGUGUAGGAGCGACUGCCUCAGCAGUGACGUGCUAGUGAAUAGCAAGAGUCCUCUCCCAAGAGGUCCCAGGCCUUGCCUCUGCUAUGGAUGUCAGUGGUGGGACUCCAUUUUACAGAAAAUCAUUAAUGUGCACGCAACAAGUUUAAUUAAGGUCAUGUGGCCAGCGAAUUAGCCAAGCGAGGGCCUGAACAUUGCUAGCCCGUGGCUACUCAGCAGUACAGAUUUCAUAGUCAGGCCUUAGGAGAUAGCAUAACCAAGUGAAUAGUCACUGAGUACAGUACUUAUUAUCAGGCAGAAAGUAAGCCUAGGACAGGACCUUGGGACUUGGUUACAUUGCUCCCACCCACAGGAAGCUCCGGCAUCAGUUCUGAUUGUACUUUCCAUGUGACCUCCUAAACUGAAUGUGCCAUUGGUGCCACCUCCCUCUUGCUGAUUCAGCAUUUCUUCAUUUUGACUCCCUAAAAACAAUUGGUUCUGUAAAACAUGUGACUCUCAAAAAAAUAGAGAGGACAAUUGGCCCUACUGCGCACUUGGAUCAGAACGUUAGCCAGAGCGAGUGCCUGUGGAGGGAGUGCUGAGACCGAGGUCCGGGAUAACAUCCAAGGCAAGCGACUGCAGACAGUUGGACUGUUGCUGAUAUGUGUUCAAGAUGAGUGGGAUGGGAGAAAAUACCUCUGACCCGUCCAGGGCAGAGACCAGAAAACGCAAGGAAUGUCCGGACCAGCUCGGACCCAGCCCCAAAAGGAGCACGGAGAAACGUAACCGCGAGCAGGAAAAUAAGUACAUAGAGGAACUCGCAGAGCUGAUCUUUGCAAACUUUAAUGAUAUCGACAACUUCAACUUCAAACCUGACAAAUGUGCCAUCUUAAAAGAAACUGUGAAACAGAUCCGCCAGAUCAAAGAGCAAGAGAAAGCAGCCGCUGCCAACAUCGAUGAAGUGCAGAAGUCAGAUGUGUCGUCCACGGGGCAGGGCGUCAUCGACAAGGACGCACUGGGGCCUAUGAUGCUUGAGGCCCUUGAUGGGUUCUUCUUCGUCGUGAACCUAGAAGGCAAUGUGGUGUUCGUGUCCGAGAACGUGACGCAGUAUCUGCGGUAUAACCAGGAAGAACUGAUGAACAAGAGCGUUUACAGCAUCCUGCAUGUCGGGGACCACACGGAAUUUGUCAAGAACCUGCUGCCAAAGUCCAUGGUGAAUGGGGGAUCCUGGACCGGAGAACCUCCCAGGCGGAACAGCCAUACCUUCAACUGUCGGAUGCUGGUGAAGCCUUUGCCAGAUUCAGAAGAGGAAGGCCAUGAUAACCAGGAAGCACAUCAGAAAUACGAGACGAUGCAGUGCUUUGCUGUGUCUCAGCCAAAGUCUAUCAAAGAGGAGGGCGAAGAUUUGCAGUCCUGCUUGAUUUGUGUGGCACGAAGAGUCCCCAUGAAGGAAAGGCCAGCCCUUCCCUCAUCAGAGAGCUUUACCACCCGCCAGGACCUCCAAGGCAAGAUCACUUCUCUGGACACUAGCACCAUGAGAGCUGCCAUGAAACCGGGCUGGGAGGAUCUGGUAAGAAGAUGUAUUCAGAAGUUCCACACACAGCAUGAAGGGGAGUCUCUCUCAUACGCCAAGAGGCAUCACCAUGAAGUUCUGAGACAAGGCUUGGCGUUCAGUCAGAUCUAUCGUUUUUCCUUGUCCGACGGCACUCUCGUUGCUGCACAAACGAAGAGCAAACUCAUCCGUUCCCAGACUACGAAUGAGCCUCAGCUUGUGAUAUCGCUACACAUGCUUCACAGAGAGCAGAAUGUGUGUGUAAUGAAUCCGGAUCUGACUGGACAAGCAAUGGGGAAGCCAUUGAGUCCAAUGAGCUCUAGCAGCCCCGCCCGUCAGGCCAUGUGCAGUGGGAACCCAGGUCAGGAUGUGGCCCUCGGUAGCAAUAUGAACUUUCCCAUGAAUGGCCCAAGGGAACAGAUGAGCAUGCCUAUGGGCAGGUUUGGUGGUUCUGGGGGCAUGAACCAUGUAUCAGGCAUGCAAGCAACCACUCCUCAGGGUAGUAACUAUGCACUCAAAAUGAACAGUCCCUCACAAAGCAGCCCCGGCCUGAACCCAGGGCAACCCAGCUCUGUGCUCUCCCCACGGCAUCGCAUGAGCCCCGGCGUGGCUGGCAGUCCUCGCGUCCCACCCAGUCAGUUUUCCCCUGCAGGAAGCUUGCACUCCCCAGCGGGAGUUUGCAGCAGCACAGGAAAUAGCCAUAGUUACACCAACAGUUCCCUCAAUGCACUGCAAGCCCUCAGCGAGGGCCACGGGGUCUCGUUAGGGCCAUCGUUGGCUUCACCGGACCUAAAAAUGGGCAAUUCGCAAAACUCCCCAGUUAACAUGAAUCCUCCCCCACUCAGCAAGAUGGGAAGCUUGGACUCCAAAGACUGUUUUGGACUUUAUGGGGAGCCAUCAGAAGGUACAACUGGACAAGCAGAGGCCAGCUGCCAUCCUGAAGAGCAGAAGAGGCCCAAUGAUUCCAGCAUGCCCCAGGCGGCCAGCGGGGACAGGGCUGAGGGACACAGCCGGCUGCAUGAGAGCAAAGGGCAAACCAAACUCCUACAGCUGCUCACCACCAAGUCCGACCAGAUGGAGCCUUCACCCUUGCCCAGCUCUUUGUCGGACACAAACAAGGACUCCACAGGCAGCUUGCCAGGGCCUGGGUCCACGCAUGGCACCUCGCUCAAGGAGAAGCAUAAGAUUUUGCACAGACUCUUACAGGACAGCAGCUCCCCUGUGGACUUGGCCAAGCUGACAGCAGAAGCCACAGGCAAAGAGCUGAAUCAGGAGUCCAGUGGCACGGCUCCUGGGUCAGAAGUGACUGUCAAACAGGAGCCAGCGAGCCCCAAGAAGAAAGAGAACGCACUACUGCGCUAUUUGCUCGACAAAGAUGAUACUAAAGAUAUUGGUUUACCGGAAAUAACCCCCAAACUCGAGCGGCUGGACAGUAAGACAGAUCCUGCCAGUAACACAAAGCUAAUCGCCAUGAAAACUGUGAAGGAGGAGGUGAGCUUUGAGCCCAGUGACCAGCCUGGCAGCGAGCUGGACAACUUGGAAGAGAUUUUGGAUGAUUUGCAGAAUAGUCAGUUACCACAGCUUUUCCCAGACACAAGGCCAGGAGCUCCUACUGGGUCAGUUGACAAGCAAGCCAUCAUCAAUGACCUCAUGCAACUCACGGCUGACAGCAGUCCUGUCACACCUGUCGGAGCCCAGAAAGCAGCACUGCGAAUGUCACAGAGCACUUUUAAUAACCCACGACCAGGGCAACUGGGCAGGUUAUUGCCAAACCAGAAUUUACCACUUGACAUCACAUUGCAAAGCCCAACUGGUGCUGGACCUUUCCCACCAAUCAGAAACAGUAGUCCCUACUCAGUGAUACCUCAGCCAGGAAUGAUGGGUAACCAAGGGAUGCUAGGAAGCCAAGGAAACUUAGGGAACAAUAGCACAGGAAUGAUUGGCAGUAGCACUUCCCGGUCCAGCAUGCCUUCUGGGGAAUGGGCACCACAGAGUCCAGCUGUGAGAGUCACUUGUGCUGCCACCACUGGUGCCAUGAACCGGCCAAUCCAAGGGGGCAUGAUUCGGAACCCAACAGCAAGCAUCCCCAUGCGAGCCAACAGCCAGCCUGGCCAAAGACAGAUGCUGCAGCCUCAGGUCAUGAACAUAGGGCCUUCUGAGUUGGAGAUGAACAUGGGAGGCCCUCAGUAUAAUCAACAGCAGGCCCCUCCAAACCAAACUGCCCCCUGGCCCGAGAGCAUCCUGCCUAUAGACCAGGCAUCUUUCGGCAGCCAGAACAGGCAUCCCUUUGGCAGCUCCCCCGACGACCUGCUCUGUCCACAUCCUGCAGCCGAGUCCCCAAGCGACGAGGGCGCUCUUCUAGACCAGCUCUAUCUGGCCUUGCGGAACUUCGAUGGCCUUGAAGAGAUUGAUAGAGCUCUGGGGAUACCAGAACUGGUCAGCCAGAGCCAAGCUGUGGAUCCGGAGCAGUUCUCGAGUCAGGAGUCCAGCAUGAUGCUGGAGCAGAAGCCCCCUGUUUUCCCACAGCAGUACGCAUCUCAGACACAAAUGGCCCAGGGGAGCUAUAAUCCCAUGCAAGAUCCAAACUUCCACACCAUGGGACAGCGGCCAAAUUAUACCACACUCCGAAUGCAGCCCCGGCCGGGCCUCAGGCCCACAGGCAUUGUGCAGAACCAGCCAAACCAACUGAGACUUCAGCUCCAACAUCGCCUCCAAGCACAGCAGAACCGCCAGCCGCUAAUGAACCAGAUCAGCGGCGUUUCCAAUGUGAACUUGACUCUGAGGCCUGGCGUGCCAACUCAGGCUCCUAUUAAUGCACAGAUGCUGGCCCAGAGGCAGAGGGAAAUCCUUAACCAGCAUCUCCGGCAGAGACAGAUGCAUCAGCAGCAGCAGGUGCAGCAGCGAACUUUGAUGAUGAGAGGACAAGGGUUGAAUAUGACCCCAAGCAUGGUGGCUCCCACUGGUCUACCAGCAGCCAUGAGCAACCCCCGGAUCCCGCAAGCCAAUGCCCAGCAGUUUCCAUUUCCUCCGAACUACGGAAUAAGUCAGCAACCUGAUCCUGGCUUUACUGGAGCUACAACUCCCCAGAGUCCUCUAAUGUCUCCCCGGAUGGCACAUACGCAGAGUCCCAUGAUGCAGCAGUCUCAGGCCAACCCAGCCUACCAGCCCGCCUCAGACAUGAACGGAUGGGCACAGGGAAGCAUGGGCGGAAACAGCAUGUUCUCACAACAGUCCCCACCACACUUUGGGCAACAAGCGAACACCAGCAUGUACAAUAACAACAUGAACAUCAACGUGUCCAUGGCAACCAACACGGCUGGCUUGAGCAACAUGAACCAGAUGACAGGCCAGAUGAGCAUGACCUCAGUGACCUCCGUGCCUACAUCAGGGCUGUCCUCCAUGGGUCCUGAGCAGGUCAAUGACCCUGCUCUGAGGGGAAGCAGCCUUUUCACCACAAACCAACUGCCUGGAAUGGACAUGAUCAAGCAGGAGGGAGAUGGGUCUCGGAAAUACUGCUGACCCUGGGGAAGCUGUCUGCGUCUUUCUUCUGGGCUUACAAAACCUUUAGCAGUCUGGAGAACUGCGUCCUUGUGUUGACCCACCUGACCCACCACCAGUUCUCCAGGACACAUCAGCAGACAGUUGGGCCCUGGCUCGCAGCAGCAUAGAGCCUGCUGGCUUGGCGCCACCGGAAGAGCUGCCUCUCCUGACUGGCAGCCUGCAGCUCACCUCCAGACCAACCCGCAGUCUGUUCACUGCAUUCACCGUAGUGCAACUUAGAUCUCCUGCAGUAAACGUCCACAGGCCGACUCCAUCCCCAUUCAGAUUGAAUGUAUUUAAAUGUGUGUAUUUGGAGAACCACGCUCUUGUUCUGUUCCUGUUCAGCUCCAGACACUGGUUUCUUGCUUUGUUUUCCGUGGCUAUUCAGUGCAGUGUAAAAGAUUGUGAUCUUACCUAGAGAAAGAAAGGAAUUUUGUACCACAGUCCAGCACAAGGUGUUCUAGGCUUACAGUCUGCAUUUGGUCGGGAUGGAGGCAGGGGACACUGUGGACAGCACUGUGUGCUGACACACCUAGUCAGGGACAGCUGACACAGGCAGAGUUCCAUCUCCAGCAGCCAAGACUGAGAGAAGCCGCUCACAUUAACAAGUAUCUGUUCCCAUUUUUCUUUGUUAAAAACAAACUAGUUUCCCCGAAAUCAUGAAUCAAAAGGAAAUAUUUGUUUCUUUUUCUUUUUUUUUUUUUUUCAGAGCUGGGGACCGAACCCAGGGCCUUGCGCUUGCUAGGCAAGCGCUCUACCACUGAGCUAAAUCCCCAACCCGGAAAUAUUUAUUUCUAAAUUGUUUUUAGAUCCAUCAGAUAGUUUGAUUGGCCUCUCCUCCCUUCCCCUCUCCGCCUUCUCUCGUCCCUCCCUCUUUCAUUCCUUUAAAACAAAAACAUCAACAACAGCAUCCACCAUAGAGACCAGGGAAGCCCUUUGCUUCUCUCAGUGUUGUGCCAGCCACUUGCAGCAGCUCCCCAGUGACCGUGCAUUUCCUGUCAGGGAGAGGAACAAAGUAGACAUGGAAUGCCAGUCAGGCUGUGACACCUGCUUAGGAAGCCUGGGCUGCCCCAUCAGCUCAGGCCUCCAAAACGAGAGAACAUACUGAUGAAAUCGGCAGCAGGCGUCACGACAGAUCUAACCUCUGCCAUGUGGGGUUUUUUUGUUUUUAAUUUUGUUUUCUAGCAGUGCUGACUAAGCCGAAGUUUUGUAAGGUACAUAAAAAUCCAGUUUAUAUGUCAACGAGCAAUAAUUUAAGUUCUGAACUUAAGUGUUUUAACUGUAUAAUUUUGUGAGGUAUACAUAUUGUGGGAUUGACUCAAACAAUGAGGUACUUCAGUAUUAAAUUAGAUAUCUUCAUAGCAUUGUCUCCUAAAGGUGUUUUGUAAAGGCAGCCAAUGCCUUGAUUAGACCUGAUUUGUAGACUUAAGACCUUUUAUUUUCUAAACCUUGAGAUUCUGCUCAUGAAUCAUGUAUCUAAUCUAUAUAAUAUGCAGCCGCUGUAGGAACCAAGUCUUGAUUUUAUAUGUUUAUAUUCUUUCUUAAUAAACCUUAGAAAGACUACAUUACUAAGCAGCCCACUUUGAAGGUUGCUUUUCUUGCCCAGCGUUGGGGAUAACCUUUAUCAGUUGGUGUCGUUUGAGACAGCUGCAGUACCCAGAAAUGAGACCUUCUCAAUCCUCCCCAACCCUGACACACACACACUUUCUUACCUGAAUUUCAAAGUGAUAUCUUUUUGAUGUCUAAAAACAAAGCAUUUUAUAAUGUCUCAUUAUCCAAGCUUUCUAGGGACAGAGAAGUUUUUCCUUGAAAUUUGUUUGUUUAUUCCUGGCAGGGUGAAAAACAUAAACUACCCUAUUUAUAUGUAUAUCUCCCUAUAUUUCUACAGGUUGUAGAAAUAUAGACAGAGAUAUGACCCAAAGAAAAUAGUAAACCAUCUAAAAGUGUUGCUCCGUGCUAAGGAACUUUCUGGAAAUUUGCAUUUCGAUACCUUUUUCCACAUUGAGAGAAAUCUCAGUGCAGAGAGGAACAACACUUCCCAGUUGGCCGCCAGUUCACGUGUCUGCUCGAGACUCCACUUUUUCUCCACUGAACCAUUGGGUUGCACAUCUGUGCUGCAGAGUGGCAGACGUGGCCCAGAACUCCAGGCCCCGCCCCGGGGGGUACACUACUGAGCAAAAUGUGAGGUAGGCGAUAACUUUUAGCUUCACACAGCACAAGAGAAAAUGGAAUUUAAAGCAGGUUUGGUUUGGUUUGGUUUGGUUUGGUUUGGUUUGGUUUGGUUUGGUUUGGUUUGGUUUGGUUUGUAUUAAAUCCCAUCUCACUCUAACACCAGCCACACUAUCUUACCUUUCAGCGGUCAUUCACUCUACCACUGUUUUCUAAUGUUGACCCCAAACCAGACAAGGGUUCCGACCCAGCAGUCAGAGUAGCCCAUGAUCAUGACAGGAAGAGGGGAAAUCCUCUCACAGGUCAGAGCAGCCACACUGGGUUCCAUCCAGUCAGGAGGAUCAAGUCAGGAAGGAGUCCUCUGAUCAUGUCCUCAGAAGCUAAUGCCAACCCAGCCUCUUCCAUCAGUAUUGCUCGCUCUGCACUGUACAUGUGCACUUGGCUUUGUUUGACAGAGCAUAGAAUCAGUGUUUUCUUAGAUCACUCAAUGUGAAGAGCAUAAUGUGAAAAGUGCACACACCUCAUCUUGGUUGUAACAUCCAUUUACGUGUUCAUGGAACAUGAUGAGUUUUAAAAGCAAAGUGAGCUGUGUUACUGCAACCGAUUUGUUCAAAGAUGAAAACACCCAACACGCGCGCGCGCGCGCGCGCGCGCGCACGCGCGCACACACACACACACACGCACACAUGUGUAUCUCUUACAGUGUAAUGAUUGAAAGCAAUGGUUUUUUGCAGUUUAGGACGCCAUUUUGAAUCUGUGUUUAAAACGGAGUUCAUCUGGGUCUGACACAUGAACUGGAGGCGCAGAUCCGCUUGCAGAACCCAAAGACACACAAUCAAUUUUGAAAUGCAACUUAAGCCAUUAACUGUUGGUGUGAAUUUAAAAUUUUCUAGUGUUUGUAUGGUAGUCUUGCUGCCGAAGAGCAAAGCAUUCUCUGCACAAAAGAAAAUACUGUAGUGGCUUCGAUUUUAAUUAGAACUUUCUCCCUGGUGUUUCUUUAUAGACUAAAACAAAAUCUUUUAAGUUUCUUACUACAGGUAAAAGCUAUGUGCAAGAACCUCAAAAUGCUAAAACCUAGCAUAAUGCCUUAGAUCUGUUUUUAAGUCUUGUAUAUUCCUACAUAGCUGUCCAAUGUAUUAUAUUUGUAUAGUGAAUUGUGUACAAUUUUUGAAUAAGUACGUCACCGCCAACCCAUAUGUUAUUGAGCAGUGAUGAGGACCCAUCUCUUCAAACAUUUACCUGUCUCUCUUCCUUUGUCAUUUGUGGGUUUUAUUUGUACAGUUCCUCAUGAAGUUGCAUCUGAGAUAUGUGUAUAUGAAAAGAUUAUACAAGGGUAAAAUUAAGCAAUAUAUUAACUAUGGUUCUUCAGGAGAAAGCUCACAGUGUUUCAGGUUGUGAUUUAUUUUCAAAACAGAGUUGGCUCUGAACAUCACUUUGUUCAUCUACAUCGAUGUUUGUAUUUCUAGUGUGAGCAGUUUAUGCAAAGGUGGAUAUAUUCAGAGAUUUUAAAUACAUUUAUGCAAGUUACUAUUGCUUCGCUGAUGCUCUUUGCUUCUUUGAUGUUAAAUAAUGCUAUUGUAAAUAAAGAAUCCGUUGUUACUGCAUCGUUUAAUAAAUUUCAAUGCCUUCUUCGGGUUUUA